UUGAAUUGGAUGCGAAAGACCAAUCGAACCGAGAUAAAUGUAGGUCCACGGGCCACAUCUAAACUCUGAAAUUCUCGAAAAGCAGCGUCAAAAUAUAAGUGAAGUAUCAGUUCAGUACGUUGUAGCAUCAGUGAGAACGCGCUAUGCAUUGAAUAACGCUUGUAAAUAGCUAAACAAACUCGAAUAUCUAACACUGGUCGUGGUUAAAAACUGUCAUGAGAUCUAAGCUUAUGUAACAUUUUAUGUCCGUAAAAUAACGUUGUAAAUACCUGAUAGCGGUUGUUUACCUCCACCAGAAGGGUAAAAAAAAUCUCAUCAAAAAUACUCACGAUGCUUCGACGCUGCUCCAAGCAUCUGCAGACCCUCUACCGGAGGCAGGGGCAAACCCUCCGGUUCAAGUCCACAGAGGCUCCCAAGGUCUUCGGAGCCCUGAGCCAGGCCGCUGCCCGGACCACCCAGCCACGCGUCCUUAGCGCAGCACAAAACCAAAUCGCGACCAUCCAUUUCACCAACCAACUCUUUGCCGAACAGGAUGUCAUGACUCCAAGCUUCCCCGACUCCGUCUCUGAAGGAGACGCGAAGAUCGAAAAGAAGGUCGGCGAUGCCGUCGCCAUGGAUGAGGUCGUCAUGGAAAUCGAGACCGACAAGACCGCCUUACCCGUCAUGGCGCCAGGAAACGGUAUCAUCAAGGAGUUCUACGUCAAGAACGGUGAUACUGUGAAGGCUGGACAGAAGCUGUUCAGGCUGGAGUUGACUGAAGGCGCCCCGCCCCCGAAAGCGGCUGCCCCGCCUGCGCCUGAACCUCCUAAGGCUGAGGCUCCUCCUCCACCGCCCCCGGCCGCUGCUGCCCCGCCCCCACCGCCACCACCAGCGGCCGCGGCUCCUCCCCCACCGCCACCACCAGCACCUAAGGCUGAAGCUCCCCGCGCGGCUCCCAUCUCCUCAAUCCCCGUAGCGGCCAUCCGUCACGCGCAAUCCAUCGAAACCGCGACUGUCAAAGUCCCCCCCACUGACUACAGCAAAGAAAUGGCGGGAACUCGCACCGAACAGCGCGUCAAGAUGAACAGGAUGCGUCAGCGUAUCGCACAGCGGCUGAAGGAGGCGCAGAACACCAACGCCAUGCUUACGACCUUCAACGAGAUCGACAUGUCUCAUAUCAUGGCCUUCAGGAAGAAGCAUCUGGAUGCCUUCACCAAGAAACAUGGUGUCAAACUCGGUCUAAUGUCUCCGUUCGUGAAGGCAGCAGCCAACGCGUUGAUGGACCAGCCCGUCGUCAACGCUGUCAUCGAAGACCAGGAAAUCAUUUACCGUGACUACGUAGACAUCUCUGUUGCCGUCGCGACUCCCAAAGGUCUGGUCGUGCCGGUCGUGAGGAAUGUACAAAAUAUGACGUAUGCUGACAUUGAGCUGACCAUCGCUGGUUUAGCAGAGAAGGCCAAGGGCGGCAAGCUAACAAUUGAAGAAAUGGAUGGUGGUACUUUCACUAUCAGUAACGGUGGUGUAUUUGGUUCCUUGAUGGGCACACCCAUUAUCAACCCUCCUCAGUCCGCUAUUCUUGGAAUGCACGGUAUCUUCGAGCGACCAAUCGCGCUAAAUGGUCAGGUCGUAAUCCGACCAAUGAUGUACAUCGCGUUGACUUACGACCACAGGCUUAUUGACGGUCGUGAAGCUGUCAUGUUCCUUAGGAAAAUCAAGGAAGGUGUCGAAGACCCAGCGACCAUCAUUGCUGGUUUGUAAAAAGUUACAACCACCCGACCAGAAAACUAGCGAGUUACCAUAAGAUACUGAACAAAGCUUCGCAGGUCGGAGAGAGGGGUUUAAAAAUCAUGUAAAAUAUGCAGAAUCAAUCAGUAGAGUGUUAGAUUCCGAAGUGUAUGCACGUGCGUUGACAGCUCCGUUAAUUUUCUGUUAUUUAUUGAAGUUCGCCUCGUAUUCUGUAUAUGUAUUAUUUAUCGUGUCUAAGUAAUAAUUGUCCAGAAGUACACUGUUACCUAAAUGUGAAGACAUAAAAGCAUCGUUUUAUUUAUUUUUGUUUUAAUUUAAAGAGGAAUAUAUCUUAGAUAUUUUGGGCACGCCUAAGUGGUAAAUUUACAGUAUUCGACUUUUUAAAUGUGUAAAAGCAUUCAAAUAUAUCUAAUAACAUAAAAAGGA